AUGGAAGUUAACGAAGAAGCUACUGAAAAGCAGACCAAAAUGUGGAAUUCUUUCAGCAAGACUUAUGAAGACUCUUUUGAAAAUAUCACUAUUCAGUCUUCAGUCAUACUGUACAGUCUAACUAAGGCCAAGAAGUUCUCUAAGAUCUGAGAGGUUGGAGUCGGAUGUGGACUUGCUUCAAGGAUGUUCAUUGCCAAUAUCAUGAAGAAGGGUGCCUUCUACUUCUGCAGUGAUUUCUCUGAUGAGAUGAAUAGAAUUUAUUACGAGCAUUUCCAAGAGUGUGACACUGCUUUUAAUCCUAAAGUGAAACUGGAGUGGAUCAAAGACUCUGAAGCUAUAAAUGUUACUAAGAAAGCUGAAGAUAUGGGAGAAGAUAUUGAAAAGAAAUUGUUCUUACAUCAAGCUAAUAAUGAGAAGCUUCCAUAUCCAGAUGAAUCUUUUGAUUUAUAUCUCUCAAGUUUGUCACUGAUGCUUGUCGAUAACUACAUGAACCAGCUCAAGGAAGCUUAUAGAGUUCUUGAGAAAGGAGGAGUGGCAGGAUUCACAGUUCAUGGGAAGCCAGAAAACUGCAAUUAUUUGAGCUUUGUUCCUGACGUAAUAAAGAGCCUCGGGCACGAAAUCCCUCCUGCCACUACUAAACCCAUCACCCACCUCUGUGACAAAGACUCUCUCCACACCGACCUCACCAACGUCGGCUUCACCAUCAUAAAAACCUUCUACACCAACAUCAACAUGCUAUUCGACGACGUAAUGAUCUUAUUCGAUUCCUUAAUAAAAUCGCCUAUCCUGAAGAACCUUGUGGACAACCUGACUGAAGACCAGAAGGAAGAACUCUUUGUAGAAAUGAAGAAACAGUGGGAGAUUAAGUAUGGGCCAGAGACUACGGAGGUGCAGGAGUGGCAGAUUUUGGUAUGUAUUGUUACUAAGUAGAGGAGUAGGUGG